UUUUUUUUGUUUAUUUUAUUGCCAUGUCUAUAUCCCACGGUACUUAUUUGAUAGAUAUAUUACUAAUAAGUUAUGUUAUCGUUCCCACAGAUACCUAAAUUAUUAUCACAAGCAUCAUUGUUAUCGAUAUUGGUUGUUGUUUUUCAAUUUUUCGUUUUAAAUUUCCAUUAAAAAUUAACGAAUUAGCAAUACGGUAUACUUUCGUUUGAUUUGCGCGCGACAAGUUUAUGAUGGACCAAAGAGUAUUCGACGAAGCUGUUAGCGAAACCAUGGAUUUAUUGGACAUGAACUAUUCUGAUGCAUUGAAAGACACUAUUAGUCAGUUUCAGCAAAUGGGAACGGACUUAUCAGGAAUAAAAAUCAAACUUGAGUCAGCUAGUGAUCCGUUGCCAUCGGCCUUGUAUCAAUUAAAAACAUAUUUUGUGAUUCCAGUGUGGGAUGAUACCCAAAAAGAACAAAUUGUUCAAUACCUUAAAAUUGUUGAAAGUGAAUGCAAAACUAAAGAAGGCCGCACUUUAUGUAAGCUGAGUGAUGCUUACAACAUCAUAUGUGGAUACCUAGAGAGACUUACUGAAUUUGAUGCUGAUCAAAAAGUACAAUUUAUUAAGUCAUUUGAUUCACUCCUUGGAGGAGGACAAGUUGUGUAUGGUAAAGCAUUAGACAUUAUGGUUGAACUAUUAAAAAGUACUGAAGAUGAAAAAGUAUUACUAGCUUCAUUAUCUUGGUUUAAAACUAUUAGUGAACUUGAAGAUGAAAGAGAGGAACUGAAAAUUAUUGGUAUAACUGAAAUUAUGAAAAAAAUCUUGGAAUCAAAUUCUUCAAAUGAAGUUGUGAUCAUUGGGGUUUGUCAAUUGGUUAGAGCACAAUUACGUGAAGAUAAUUGUAGCGGUGAUUUUUCUAAUGCUGGUGAACGGUCUAAGCUUAUGGGUUGUGAACUAUUAGAACCAUUACUUACAUUAUUAAAUGACAGUCAAAUAAUUGAACUUGAAGAAGUGACUAGUGAAAUAUUUUUUACAUUAGCAACAAUUAUUGUUCGUUUUGAAUUUUGUCGUAAAUUUAAUGAAAGUGGUGGCUUAUCAAGGGUAAAAAUAGCUAUGGAACGUCAUUGCACAUUGAGAUUGAAUUGUCAAGCAUUUAGACUUCUGAAAUCAUUAGCUGGAGAUGAUAUAGUAAAAGAUGAUAUUAGAAAAGUUGGAUUUUGUCCACUCAUACUAUCAGCUAUGCAAAGGCAUAUAAAUAGCAAAAUGCUUUGCAUGGACUCAAUGAAGUUGAUAACAGCAUUAACUUUAAGAUCUCCUCAAAACAGUGCUGAAUUGAUUCAAUUAGGCAUUGCUGAACUAAUUGUGCAAGCAAUGCAAGUGCAUUCAAACGAUCCCAAACAUCAGAAACAUGCUUGUGCUGCUGUACGAAAUAUAGUAUCAAGGACUCGUGAACUAGCAUCAGAAUUUCUGGCACUUAAUAUUGAAAGUAUAAUUGAAAAAAUAAUAAAGCAGCAUAAAGAUUGUGAAUUUGAAGCUAAAAGUGCCUUACGAGACCUUGGAUUGGAUGUUAGCUUCAAAGAACAAUGGACCGGUACUGGGAAAAAUUUAGCAUCGUAGAAAUGUAAAAAAAUUUUAAUCUUCACUGUUCAAAUUCCAGUAAUAACUUAUUAAACUAGAUUUUUGUUUUAUUUUU